AUGAAAUUGGCUAAAGAGAUACUGCAAUACAUGUCAAAGCCAACAAUUGCAUCGAAAAGGUGUAAAAAAUAUUGCUUAGUGAUAGAUCAAAGCGAUAAUGGGACGUGGCUCAAGUUUGCCACCAAACCGAGCAAUUACGCUAGCCGAGUCAUGAUGAACCUAGCCUUACUUGUGCUUCUGAAUUCGCUAUCAGCGAUCAUAGUCCAGGCAAAGGUACCGCUCGAACUGAGAGCAAAAAUAGUCAUAGGGGCUAUCGCGUUUUGUCUCAACUCGUUAUUAUUAAGAAGACCUCCAAUUGAAUCUUUAGUGGUGUAUCGAAACUAUGGGGUCCAGGUUACUACAGUCCGUGGUUUCCUUCUGUUGCCGGACCAAUUGAAUAUUAAAUGGCUUGGUCAAAGUCAAUUCAUUCCUAGAGAUGAGAUCGUGGACAUAGUAAUCAAUGAAGGGUUUUGCCGGGGCUUUCAAGUCAUUUUCUACUUGGCCGUCAUCAUAAGGGAUGCUAAGAAGCUCAAACUGCUCUUUCCUGUAUGUAUUAAAAGAAUCAAACACAGAUUUCCAAGACUUUUACUAACACUAGACAGGCCACAAGACCCAGCUUGGAUGACCAAAAGAUCAUUUAUAAUAUGUCUAGAAAGUGUCUUUUCAUCGACAAGAAGCGCUUUCAUAGCUAGAGCCGUGUGCUGA